GAAAGAACUUUAGGUACAAUCAAUGAUUCAUUGUUGUGUAGACACAAAAUGGUGGAGUUGUGUCCUCAGCGGGACUGAGCAUCUCUGGAGAGAAAGAAUGGGUGAUCUUUCGGGUCGAGACCCUUCAGACCAGAGCCAUGGGAAAGGGAAACGAGAGAUAUAGACGUAGAGAGUAUUGUAUUCACACUAUCUUACUGACACCCGCGACUGUUCAUGACCCGUCACUGAUUCUCAUUUCGGUCAUUUCAACACGAGCGCAAAGCGUAAAAAAAUCGAAACUAGAUAACGUGGGUAAACUGAGAAUGAACCGUCUGCAUUAAAUUCUUCCUGCUUAAACCGGUCUUUAACAGUGAAUAUUGUGGAUUUUCAAAUCUUUAAAUUUGUUCUUAGAAAUGCGAUCUCAUGUUUGGUCGCCAAAACAAUUUUGCGUAAAGAUGGCAAGUGGGUGUUCGUUUCACUUUUUCAGUUUCUUUGAAAAAUGUCUAGACACGGAGGUGGGAUGCUAAAUGUUGGACUCAUCGCGGUUAAUAUAAUUUUUUGGAACGUUUGUAUUUGAUUCUUCUAAACCUAACGUAAUCUGGCAUAUUUUACUUAAAUGUGCGUUGGUGCUUUGGGAAACUUUGGAUCAGUUGGCGCGUUUGAGGUUACUGUCCAUCGCCAUUAACAGUUGUUUUUUUUAUUAUUUCUUCUUGUGUUAAAGCCUUCAAUUUGCACCUGUUACGUGAUCUGGCGACUUCGCAGGAAAAUGCACAGGAAUUGAGAAACGAAUGAGCAGAUUUGAUAAACUAGUUUGCUGUCACGUUGGUGAGGGCCCGGGAGAGGCGUGAAAGGAGCGGGAGCGCGCCCCGCCAGCCCGGGGUGCACGUGCACGGCGCGGGCCUGAGGCCCAGCAGCGGGCGGGCGGGCGGACGAGGCGCAUUCGAGGCGGGUCGUUGGGCGAUCGAUGAGGGGCGGUAGCCGCCUUCCUUCUCGGUGAGACGGGCGAGGGGCGAGCGGAGGGAAAGGCCCAGGACACCCGGUCCAGAUAUGCUGUCGGCCUUCGACGUCAAGGUGGACGUGGAGCCGCCCAGCCCGAAGCACGAUAGCUUCAGGAGCCGGUUAAACUCCCGCAGGAAGAGAGAGUUCAUGCCCGAGGAGAGGAAGGACGCGUCGUACUGGGAAAAGCGGCGGAAAAACAACGAGGCCGCCAAACGGUCGCGGGAGAAGCGGCGCUUCCACGACUUGGUGCUGGAGAGGAAGAUGCUGGCGCUGAGCGACGAGAACACCUACCUCAGGGCCGAGCUGCUCACGCUGAAGGCCCGGCACGGCCUCAUCACUUCCUCAGUUUAUGCCCAAGAGGCACAAAUCCUGGACAGCUACAUGCAGAAGCAUCUGGCAAGGCAGAGAAGCAUGGAGAUGGAUGCGCCUAUUUUGGAAGUGGAUUCCCUCCCAUUCAUCCGAGAUGGCAUCUGCAACAGCCAUAUGAUAUGCGCCCCAGGGAGACUUUCCGUUGAAUCUAUGUCCCAACAUGUACAAGAUAGUCCAUUUCCCAAAGCCUAUGCUAUUCCUACCUCAAUUGGACUACAGAAGCAACAUCCUCCAGAAAGCUCUGCUGAUGAGCCGACUAUGCACAAUAUUCCCUCGAAUCAAUUAAUAUAUUCCAGAUACCCCUGCUCAUUCAAUGAAACAUAUGCCUGCUACAAACCAUCAAGUGUUUUCACAACUGCAAUAGAAGUGAACAGUAAAAGCAGCAAGAGAGAAUCAGAAGAUGAUGCUGAUGAUGAACAAGAGGUUCCUAAGAUGCAUCAUUUUUCUUCUUUCAAGGACUGCAGAUUUGAAUGCCCAACAGUCAUGAAAUCAAAUUGUUCUGCCCUUCCUCACAAACUGAGAAUUAAGGUAAAACCGAUGCUGGCAAAAGAAGAAAAGGAUGGUCCAGAAUUUGAUCUUGAAAUGUCCUGGAAGAGACAGACUCCACUCGAAAAUACCAGGAAUAUUUCAAUGACAGAGGUCAAAGACAUUGAUGUGAGUUUGUGUGAUGGUGUUUGUGAAUGCAAAGCAGCAUUUAAACCUGUUACUUUAUUGCCCAUUUGUCAUUCAGUUUAAUUGAGGCUUUUAUUAUUUGUGACCAUGAAUUGUUUGUUUAUUGCUCAUAAAUUCUUUAUUUUGUGUUUUGCUUGGAAAUUUUACAUUAAGGGGGAGAGUAAACUUAACUUGUACAUCGUUGGAACUUUUAAACUUUUGAUAAUGCCAUUGAAAUUGAAUUAAUCAUAUUUUGGGAAUAUUUAGUGUUGGAGAGAAAGAAUGAUCUACCAAGUUGUGACUUUUAUGUACUUACGAAAAAUCCCCAAAAGAUGCUUUUUCAAUGUUACAGGAUGAUUUUAACAGAUUACUUUGAUAGCAAUGUUUUAAGUACAAUGUAUUUGUGUGAAUUAAAUGGAAAUACAUUUAUAUUAUUAAAAUUUGGUUUUGGAUGAAAAACAAUGAAUAAUUAACGAAUAACAAUGAAAUGAAAUAUGAACAUACUGCAGAACAGCACAGCACAGCACAGGAAUAGGCCUUCAGCCCACAAUAUCCAUGAAGAGCAUGAUGUUGUUAAACUAAUCUCAUAUGCCUGCAUCUCCAUGAAUUUAUUUAAAAGUAUCUUAAGCGUCACUAUUAUAUCUGCCCCCACCACUACCCGUGCAACGUUUUCCAGGCACCCACCUCUCACUGUAUUAAAAACAAUUGCCCCACACAUCUACUGUAAACAUUUCCCCUCUUAUCUUAGCCUUGCUCUGAAGUCUUUUACAAUUCCACCAUGGGAAAAAGGGUUCUGAUUAUCUACCCUAUCUAUGUUUAGUUCAGUUUUGAGAUACAAUGCGGAAACUGGCUCUUCGGCCCAGCGAGUCCGAAUCGAUAGCGAUCCUCACACAUUAACACUAUCCUGCACACAAGGGACAAUUUACACAUACACCAAGCUAAUUAACCUACGUACCUGUACGCCUUUGUAGUGUGGGAGGAAACGGAAGAUAACCAUAUAACCAGAUCUCGGAGAAAAUCCAGGCGUUCACAGGGAAAACGUACAAACUCUGUACAGACAGCGCCUGUUGUCGGGAUCGAACCCGGGUCUCUGCUCUGGGCCGUGCCCCUGUGCCGCCCGAUAAUUUUUAUGCCUCAUAAUUUUAUGUACUUCGAUCAGGUCUCUCCUCAACUUCUGAUGUUCCAGAGAAAACAAGCCGUUUGUCCAACCUCUCCUCAUAGCUAAUAUCGUCUAAUCCAGGCAGCAAUCUGGUAAAACAGCGGUUCAAACAGCAUCUCUGGAGAAAGGGAAUAGGUGAUGUUUCAGGUCGAGACCCUUCUUUAGACUGAAGAAGUCUAAAAUGUCACCCUAUUUCUUUUCUCCAGAGAUGUUGUCUGGCCCGCUGAGUUAAUCCAGGUUUUUGUGUCUAUCUUUGGUUUAAACAGCAUCUGCAGUUCCUUUCUACAGCAUUGUGGUAAACCUCUUCCGCACUAUCUCCAAAGCCUCCACAUUCUGCGCACGAUAAUCCAAAGGUGGCCGAACCAAAGUCCUACAAAAUUGUUAGAAGACUUCCUGACUGUUGUUCUCAAUGCCUUGACUGAUGAAGUCGAGCAUACUAUAUGCUUUCUUUACCAUUCUAUCUACUUGUGUUACCACUUUCAGGAAUGUCUGGUCCCGAAGAUCCACUUCGCAUCAGUGCUGACAUUAACUAUAUACUUUCUCUCUACAUUCGACCGCCCAAAGUAAUACACCUCACUUGCUCACUAAACUCAUUGCAUUUCGAUGCU